AUGGCAACUGGCCCAAGCACAACAAUUUCCAUCAUGCCUACUUCCUCUCCAGGACCCUCCAUCCCCCCAAUAGUUCUAUCUCCAUCCUCAUCCACCUCAGGACCUGGUAAGUAAGAUGUCAAAUUGCAAUAACAGCAUUUUAUCAUGGCUCUCACUUCCCUGUAAUUAUAAGCCCAAGCAAGAAAACAAACUGAUGCCAGGUGCCAAAUAAAGAGGAAAAGGAGACCAAUUCCUGCAUGCCUAACCUCAUAUUCGAGCCUGCACUUCACAUAUGGCGAAGUUUAGGCAAGAAUGUUAUUAAUCCAACAUCAUUUCCAACAUACUUUUCUGGAUUUUUGCCCCAUUCAAUGGUGUAAUAUGGAGGCAUGUUUAAUACUUACCAUUUCCCUAUUACUGUAAAAGUUGAAUUAUAGAUGUAUGUAUUUGCUCGCUUGAAAAAAGACUAAGGAGUAUUCAUAGUCUGUGAAAUUGGCAACUUCCUCAAAACCAAUGGUGAGAUUUCCCCAAAUGCUUAAAUUGUAAACCUAAAAUCUUAAAGUUCAAUGUUAACCUACAUUUCAAGUGAGAUCUAUUUCAGUCUGUGGCAAAAACUGUUCUUUCCUUUUGUAAUUUCUUACAGUCAGCAGCUUUGAUUUGGGUGACAAACAAAAAAGAUGGGUUGUGAUUGGAAUCACAUUAAACAGGCUUCUAUUACCAGUUCUCCGUGACUUUGCGGGCAAAGAACUUGCUAAACACUACACAUCAUUGAAGAGUUCCAGUGGAAUAGAUACACAGGUUUAUCCCACUCACAUGAAGAAAGAUGGUUCAUUUGCUUUAAACUAUGGCAGCAUCAACAACAACUGGGGAAGACGUAAAAGAAAAGUGUAUGAUUAUAAAGUGGCAUCUGCUGAGGAUCUGGCCAAACUUUAUCUUCAGCCACACAUGGCCAAGUUUACAGGUGAGUAAAUAAUCUCAUAUCCCAAGUUCAUAUUUGUGGUUUAGGUGUUGUGUAAUUAUAUGAUUAUGUUUCAAACAUAAAAAAACUUACAGAGAAAGCUGAAUGGAUUUUCUUGGCAUGUUUAUUAUAACUAUUUGCACAUGUAAUGACCUUCUAAUUCAAUUGAAGUCAAAAGAAGAAAGAUAAGAAGUAAAAUGGAAAUUUGGAUUAUCUGCAAAAAAAGUCCUGAACUCCACACAAAACAGAUCACCUUGGUUGAUAAAACAGAAUAAAAAUACACCUUGUAGUUGAUGAAACAGAAUGAAAAUAUGCCUAUAACUAAAAGGUAAAUUUUCAUAAAAUACAAUUUAGAUCAUUAAAUAUAGAAUACUCUCACCAUUCGUAUCAAGAUUCUCUCAAAAUAAUUUUACCUUUGAUGUAAAAUUAUUGGCAUUAUUUCAUUAAUGAAUGUGUGCACAAACAGGCGCAAUUUUCCUCCUUUUUUCUAAGUAACUUUUCAUUUGCAGGAUUUGAUAACACAUGUGACCUGUCAGCAGUUUUAGGGAUGCUGGCGAAUGCAUCUGUGUUUAGAACUCCAACCAACAUUCAUAAUAAUGCUAAGGAUGUGCGUUCAAAAGUACGAAAUGAGUGGGGGCAUUGCAACUUUGAUCAUUGGACUGACGUGGAUUUUCACUACUGUUUCCAACUCAUGGAAACAUUGAUUCGUUCCUUGGGGCUUCCAACAGCCGAUGAAAACAAAGUGCUGGAUAACCUUCAAGAUUGGCACACUAAGGGUAAGUGUAUUUACCAAAUAGAUUCCACGUUGUCGUGGGUCUGUUCAGUAAUAGAUGACAGAUGACGACAAAAUGUGGUAAGAACAAAAGAGAAACACCCAGGGUGCAUCCGAGUGUACCACUAGUGUUCCUACCAUAUUUUGAAGUCUUCUAUGAUCUUUUACUGUGCAAACCCGCGGCACUAUGGAAUCUAACUGUGUUAUUUGAUUAAAAAAAAGGAAGAUUUUGUUAAUGGUGACGUCAUCUAUGCGUUUUUUUUUUCAACAUAAGUAAGAAUCAAUCAAAGUGGGUGAAGGUUUCAGCUUAAUGUAUAAUUCCCUUUGCAUUACCGUUGUCAGUGUCUUUUGUCUCAGUACUCCUUCAUUUGGAUGCAAAUAUGACUACUGAUGGUACCCAGUCACCACACCCGAAAGUAACCCACCGCCUAACUCGCCAUUGGUCUUCAUUGGUCAAGUUGCUUACAUCACUGAUCAACUUGCUGACUUUUUCGGUUGACUUGCCAUCGAUUGCUUUUAAUCAACUCGCCAACGUCCACGGCUAACUCGCCUGCAAGUCGCCUGGGGAUUUUAGCAAGCUGACCAAUAAUGAAGGCGACUUGACCAAAGGAGAAGCCGCGCAGAGUAUCGACCACCAUAGCGGAGGUCAUCAUCAGAAUCAAAGUCUAUGAUCAGUUACAACGGCUCCCGUGUUUUUUUUUUCUUGCUCGAGCUAUUAAAAAAUUGAUGGACGUACAUCACAAUAGUCCGCCUCCUUUUUCUGUAUCGUGUGGCUAUGUUCUUCCUUGGUUGUAGCUCCUUAACUUGACGCCAUUUACCUUCUAACUAUUGACAGGUUUGAAAUUGUGCAUGGGUUGCCCAGUGGACAAGGAUUUGAUGAAACUUGUCAGCCUUGAGGUAACCAACUUAGAACAAAACUUGGAGGCCAUCAAGACAUCCAGUGCUGAUGAGGCUAACAAGAUAAGCGAGGCCUUAAAAGAUGUCAAAGAUCAAAUCAGUAUAUUUGAUCAGCGUAUUACUGAACUUGAGACACGGAUAGAGAAAGAAGCUGGGGCACAGUCAGAAAAACUUAGGGUACAGUCACAAAAAGUUUCUCAGCUAGAAGAAAAACAUAAUCAGCUAGAAUCAACCGUAGAGACCUUAGAUUGUCGACUUAAAAAGUUAGAAGAGGGUUAUUUGAAAGCCACAGUUGAUGCCGAAAUAUUCCAACUGCCCAGUCGCAAUCAUUGCUUUUGUGGUCGUGAAUGUGAGGUAGCAGCUAUUGCAGAGCAAUUGAAAAAUGCUGAGAGUGGUUGUUCUGAAUCAGUAAUUUGCGGUCUUGGGGGUGUUGGAAAAACAUCUCUUGCUGUCGAGUUUCUCUGGCGACAGAAAGACAAGGAGGAAUAUCCCGGUGGUAUUUUUUGGAUUUCAGGCGAAACCAGCGACCUUUUUCAAUUGUCCGUUAGCGAGAUGGCACGUCAAGUUGGUACUUUUGAUGACAAAAACUUUUCCAGUUCGCUAUCAAGAACCUUGGACUGGUUGAGAAAGCGCGAACAGCUGUGGUGUUUGGUGGUUGACAAUUUGGAUGAGUUAGAAAUGUCCAUGGAUAUGCGAAAACUGCUGACUGGUCAUUGGAAACAAGCCGCCCGUGGUCAUAUCAUCAUAACCACAAGAAGAGAAGCAAAGGAAAUCGGAGAAGAGACUGGAAUCACAAAAAGCUAUUGUAUUGAGUUGAAGUGCUUGAAAGAGGAAGAAGGAGUACAGUUUUUACGAAUGCGAAGUGAAAUAACCGGAGAAGAUAGCGAUUUUCGUGAGCUGGUCCAAGAACUUGGCGGACUACCACUGGCUCUUGAUCAAGCUGCAGCCUAUAUUAGAUGUGUCCCCCACUCGACUGUUAAAGAGUAUCUCAAAAAAUAUAAAGAAAAAAGACUGCGCCUCCUGGACAAGAAGAAAGCUCGUCAUCUGGUGGAAAAUACUUCCAAAGAGCGAUUGGCUGUAAAGACAACCUGGUUGUUGAAUUUUGAACACAUUCGACGCAUCUCAGUGGAGGAGGACCUAGGAGAAAUUCCUUCUCUUGUGAUGCGUAUGUCUGCUUACUUAGGUCCCGACGACAUCCCUUUUGAAGUGAUAAAUGAAGAGCUUAAUAAAGUGGAAAAUGCCGAAGCAGCAGGCGAUGCGUGGGACUCAGGAUAUAUUGUGGCGCUUCUCACCAGGUUUUCUCUUUUUCAAAGGUAUGGGACAAAGUCUUUCAGCGUACAUCGUCUAGUGCAAGAGGUUAUCCGAAGUGAAAUUGAGAAAGACAAAGCUGAGUUGCGCGUCCUUUCUUGUGCAGUACAUGCCCUUCACCAUGCACUUGUGGACACACGCUCACCAGUUGAGGUUUGCGAAAGUUUCUCUAUGGAUGCUGUUUUCAGCGUGGACAAUCCUCCUUCGUUACAUCUUUGGGGUAGGCUGGCAUCGCAUGCCACCUAUCUACAGAAGCAAUUGCGCAGCUACUCCAAGAAACAUGAAAAUGAGGCCGAACGCGUGCGAAGCACUUUGCUAUGCACUGAAGAAACUGUCCGAAUUAUCAAUGAAGCAGGGAUAUUUUUUAGCGUUUCUCACGAAAACGUCAAAGCUCAGGAAUUGCAAGAAAUUAAACUUAAGUUGCUAGUGCACCUUGAGAAAUCAAUCCCUGACGAUGAUUGCAAUUUACCAAAUUACUUCAUCGACGUACCCCUAAAGCAAAGAGACCACAAAGUAAUUUCCUUUUGUAUGAGUAAAUCUCUUCCUGAGGGGGAAGCCGUUGCGGAAAAAGAAUCUUCUCAAAAAGAAAUGGAGGAGCAAGCCAACCAACUUAGAGAAGAAGGAAACAUUGCUGUAAAAGGGAAAAUGUUCAAAGAAGCCUUGGAUUUGUAUACUAGAGCGAUUACUUUGCAUCCCACUGACUGUCGACUGUUCUGUAACCGAGCACUGUGCCAUUUGAAACUUGGACAGCCAAGGAAUGCACUGGGGGAUUGUAACAAGUGCCUCUCUUUAGAUCCUUAUUACUGCAAAGCAUUGCAAAGAAGAGCUUGGGCUCUGCGAGAACUAGUAGUAAAUGGACAGAAUGAAUUAAAAGGGCAAGAGCGGGCCGCUUUGGCAAUGGCUCUUCACUUUGAUCCAAGUCUUCGCCAUGACAAAUUUUUUUGUAAAAUUUUUCCAGACUUUGAAGACGCACGAGCAAGAGAGAUAACCAAUGCAACGCAAUUGGCGUUUGCUUUAGCCACUGCAGAGAAAAAUGAGACCUUUUUAUUGAAGGAAGGAAAGUAUCAUCUACCUUGCUUUGUCGUCACUUGUGAUGUGCAGAUAGUAGGCCUUGGAACCAUACUUACUUCGUUGAUUUGCACAAGCAGAUGCGAAGUAUUCUCAAGGUGUUACUUUGAGAAUAUAUUUUUUCCGAAAGGGAACAGUGCAUUUCUCUGCAGGGGUACAGAAGGAGCGAUCCACGUUAAUCGUUGUAAGGUAUCUGGAGGGCAAGCAAGUUGUGAAGACUUCCCAGAAUGUAACGGAGGUCCAGGAUGCAUAGCAAGAUCAAGAGGAAGGGAUACUUGUGAUCGGACUUACAAAUAUGGAAGCGAAUUCGUCUCUGGCUUUCCUGGCAUGGCUGGAAUCCAGAUUAUUGAGAGUAGUGUUGCACUGAUUGAAAAUUGCGUUAUUCGCGACUGCGGAGGUGGAGGGAUUCUCGUUGAAGAUCCAGGUUCACAGCUGCGCAUUAGACGAUGUGAAGUCUACAAAAACCAUCAAAGCGGCUUAGAGGCAAGAAAAGGUGGAAGAAUUUCUGCUUCUGAAAACAGGAUAUAUGGUAAUGGCUUUCAUGGCAUCUUGAUUGGACCAAAUGCAGGAGACUGUUCCAUAGAUGAUAACAAGAUCUUUGAGAACACAAGGGAGGGCAUUCUCGCCAUGCGCAAUAAAGACAAGGUAGUCUUACAAGGGAAUGAUAUACAUCACAACGGACCCUUCGGUAUUUCUUUGGAUGACAAUUCUGAAAUUUUAAUCCAAAACAACAAGAUUUUUGAAAAUGGAUUCUGGGCCAUUCUUGUAAAAUCACGAACUUCCGGACACAUUCUGGGAAAUUUCAUCACGGCUAACAAAUGCGGGGGGAUUUUCAUGGGAAUCAAUUAUUCAGCACGAGUAGUAAUUGAAUCAAACACUGUUCGAGACCAUUGUGGCCCUUGGCUGGAAUAUCAAGACAACGUGGAAUCGCUGAAUACCUACAGAAAAUUGUGGCAGAACAACCCUAUAGUCGCUAAAUAUUUAGGCAUCCCUUGCGGAGAGAAGGAGUUUCAUUCAAAUCCUCCAAUUCUCAUUGGAAACAUCAGAGAUAACAAUGAGGAAGGCAAACACCACCCUAGAGAAGUCAUUCAACGAUUUCAGAGUGGCUGCACAUUUUGUCGUCGUUCAGAAGAUAAAGCAUGUCACUUGACAAAGUGCCCCAGUUGUCAAAUUGCACUUUAUUGUAGUGAGGAAUGCCAGCGCAAACACAGACCCAAACACAAGGCAUUAUGUUUUGCCCUUAGGAGCCGCUACUCUUUAACAAUCAAGAUCAUUCCCUUCCGGGUCGUGUCAGAGGGGGCUCAGGAGCGAGUAUUUGGCAGUCACUUGAUAGGUAUUGGAGAGGGCCCUAAGCCAAAUCGUGAAAGUCGUGAUAAGUUUAUCGUCAAGAUUCAAACUAAAGAUCUUAACAGCCACCCAUUGCAGUUGUUGACUGUUUAUGACCAGAGCCUUACAAUAGAUGGCAACAUUGUAAGUCCUGAAAUCUUCAAUAUCAUUAUGGAAUGUGGAGUUCUUGGAAGCCUGCUCAAAUUUACAAGUAAAAAGGUCUUCUUUUGGGCCAUGUUUGCGGAUGAAGGAGAUAGACUCACAGUUUUCCUCAAUCAGUUAGCCCCUUAUCAGAAGUGGUGA